UAAGGUUUUUCAAAAAGUGAAAAUAAGUUUAUGCUUGCUCGAAAAUAAAAAUUAAAAGAUAAAAAUGAAUAUUUUCUGGCCAAUUCUAGUUUUGAUUGUCAAAUGUAUUUUUCCACUAGUAUUGUCGCAGCGCGAAAUCACAAAUUUCCUUGGCCAGGCUAUGUCAUUAACGGAAGUGAAGGAAAGGAAUAUCCAUAUUUUAAAAACACUUAUGAAUAUUAGAUAUUCUUGGUCUCGGUUAGCAGCUGAUUGUGAUGGUAGAAAUGAUGCAGAAACAGAUUUCCUAAGUGAAAAAGAAAUCUUGAAUAGGAUGUAUUCAAACAUUGCUUAUUCAAGUAUUCAACUUCAUGAAGUUGGGGCAAUAUUGCAAGAAGCCUACAAUUGGUAUUUCGGGGCUAAAACUACAUUAUCUUCAAAAAUACUGACACCAUGCCACAACCUUGAAGGAGAUGUGUUCAGAAAAUGGAUAUCCAUACAUUUAAAUAAAGAUUUAUCUCUAAUGGCAGAAGAUCCGAUUCAUGAAACUUUAGAGAACAACAUUCUUCUUCUGGAAUUGUACAAAUCUAUACCUGACAAUUUAAAAAAUUAUGAUGCAGAUAGAAUUUUUGGCAAAAUAAAUAAUGAGGUGUCGAGUAUCAUAGAAAUGUGUGAAGAUAGAGAAAGUAGUGGUUUUAUAAAUAGUAGAGCAAACUGUUUCGCCGAAGCACAAGAAAUGUUUAUAGAUCUUAGUAAUUUGUACCAAAAUUCAUUGAUAUUUACUGAUUUAGAUGACGUUAUUAUCCAAAUUUUCUCAAAACUCUUUGAGGAUAAUAGCAUGAUCAUGACGUCGUUCUUCAAAGUACAAUCGAAGCCUGCUUCAUCAACGACGAUGGAAAGGACAACUACCAGCACAACUACUACCACGAACAUCGAAGAAUCAGAUAUGUCAUUAACGGAUUUGAAGGAAAGGACUUUCAAUGUUCUAAAAACACUUAUGAAUAUUAGAUAUUCUUGGCCUCGGUUAGCAGCUGAUUGUGAUGGUAGAAAUGAUGAAGAAAUAAAUUUUUUAAGUGAAGAAGAUAUUUUGAAUAGAAUGAAUUCAAACAUUGCUGAUACAAGUAUUGAACUUCAUGAAGUUAGGGAAAUAUUGCAAGACCCCUACAAUUGGUAUUUAGUGGCUAAAAAUACAUUAUCUCCAAAAAUACUGACACCAUGCCACAACCUUGAAGGAGAUGUGUUCAGAAAAUGGAUAUCCAUACAUUUAAAUAAAGAUUUAUCUCUAAUGGCAGAAGAUCCGAUUCAUGAAACUUUAGAGAACAACAUUCUUCUUCUGGAAUUGUACAAAUCUAUACCUGACAAUUUAAAAAAUUAUGAUGCAGAUGAAAAGUUUGUUAAAAUAAAUACUGAUUUGGUCAGUGUCAUAAAAAUGUAUGAAGACAGUGAGAGUAGUGGAACUACGACAAAAGAAAAAAAUUUCUAUUUCGAUCAAGCACAAAAUUUGUUUAAAAACAUUAUUAAUUUGUACUAUGGUUCAUUGCAGUUUAUUGAUUUAGAUGAAAUUAUUGUCAAUAUUUUUAAUAAAAUCGAUGGUGACAAUAGAAAUAUCACUCCGUUUCCUGAACCAUCACAAUCGAAGCCUGCUUCAUCAACGACGAUGGAAAGGAAUGGUGAAGAUAUUAAGCGAACAACAGAAAAAAGUGUAACUACUAGCACAACCACUACCACAAACAUCGAAGAACCAAAUAAUGAAGAUCAUGAUCUAGUUAUAAAAGUAGAAGAUUAUGAAGACGAUAAAGAUGAAGAAUCGCUACAAGAUGAGAUUUAUCCAGAAGAUAGAAAUUUAAUGUCACAUUUAGAAAUUGCGUCUGAAUUCUUUAAAAAAAUUUUAGACCAAUAUGAAUGCAGUAAAAUGCCAGAAUACGAAAAUAUAAACAUUGCUGAAUCAAAUAUUUCACCAUUAUUGAAAUUACUACUUGAGAGUGUGCAAAGAAGUAUUAAGUUUCGUCAAGAAAGUUUUAGAUCACCUUUCAAUGAUCCUUUCCUGAAUAUAACUGAAGGGAUGUUAAAAUUAAUGCCAAAAGAAUGUGGUCUACAGAGAAUGAAAAAUAAGGAAUUAGUUCUUACACUUUCGAAAAUUAUUAAUAGAUAUAAAAAAAAUUUCCCAACUGAGAAUAAUGGCGAUGAAUAUGCGAAAUGCUUUGCAAGAUGCUUUAGUAAAUUGUUUUCUAUAACUGGAACCAUUAACAAUCUUAAUUUUGAAAGUCGUCAUCCUUUCAGAGAGAAUUUUAACGAUGAUUUUUUAAAGGGAGCAAAUCUCGAAAUUCAAAAGUGUAGAAAACUGAAGAGUGGACCAAAAAUUGGUGCUGCCUUAAAUAUAGUAUUUUCUCAGGGCGUUUGAGAUGCUGAUAUAAUUUUCCUUUCUUUAUCGAUUUAAUCGAUUUGCAUUAAAGUAAAAUUAGUAUUUUUUUGGGAAAAAGUAAACAUAAAAUUGAAUUUAAAACAUAAAGAAUGUAUUUUUUGUUAUUCCGAAAGGUGGUGGUAAAGGGUUAUUAAUUAUUAUAAACAAGACAAAUAAAAUUUCAAAAAUA